UAAAGAGGUUAUUGUUUUUGUUCCGGUGAAUAAAUCUGACCUCACUGGUUCACUGAAUUCACAAUUACAGGCAACCCUGCCAAAUGACAGCGACGUGUAAGAUGGCUGGCUGCUGCAAAACGACCGAUUGCAAGUCAUGCGAGUAUGGUACAAGACCGUAAGAACGCACGGAAGUUUUAGUUAACGUUUCAUUAGUGAAUUAAUUGAUAUAUUUCUAAGUUAUUACGAUUGGUAGCAAUUUCGCGUUAUUCUUAUCGUUAGUAGUAUUGUUGGAGGUGGUUGAACUAUUGAAGGUUAACAGAUCUUUUAGCAUUUGUCAACGCACUACACGCGUGGAUUAGCUUAAAAGAAGCCGAAAAUUCCCUCUCCAACAAACUAAAAGAUCUGCACAAUUGGAAGAUGUCAGAUGAAAACUAAAGUAGCUGCCCGGCGUGUGGGGAAUCCGACAACAGUAGGAUGGUCGCUUGUGAUAAGUGCGGAAGUUGGUGGCACUUUGAGUGCGUCGGCGUAGGGGAAAGCGUUAGUGAGAAAGACUUUCUCUGUCGGAAGUGCAUCUUUACUGAAAAGGAACCCACACAAGAUCCGCGAAAAUCGACGAGCGCUGCCGGUUCAGAGGCAGGCGCAUCUGCUAGCAGUAUCCGAGCGAGAACUAAAUUUCGUCUGCAGAAACUUCAGGAAGAAGCAGAACUCAAAAAGCGACAAUUGAAUCUCGAACUAGUGGAGCAGCGGAAACGUCACGAGGCGGAAAAGCUGUUGAAGGAAAUCGAUCUCGAGAAAAAACAGCUGGAAAUCGAUUCAGUAUACCUGCGGGAGAAAUUUCAAGCGAUGGAAGACGAUUGCGAAGAAGAAGGCGAUGAUCAGAAAAGUCGGAAAUCCGUUCAGAGCAGCGACAGCAAGGUCAAUCAAUGGCGUAAGCGACAUCUAGAGGGUUUGGUGAAUUCUACCUUAGCCACUCAGGAGACAGCUUUCCCUUCGACGACAACUGCGACAGCUGCCGUGCAGGAAACCCCGUCGUGUACAGCAUUCUCGUCUGCGCAAGUAACAACAUUUGUAACAACCAGCCGUGCGAAUGCGACGGUCGUCCCAGAGAUCCCGUUACAAGUUCCGUGUACGGUGUCCACUUCUAUCGUUCCGGUGGAUCCAGCAUUUCAAUGGAGCCAGCCGUGGGUUCGCAAUAAUGGUAUCAGCGGUAUGAAAAAUCAAAUGCCGCGACAGUAUCCAUACGGGACAUCUCAGGUAGGAGGUGUAAUUAAUUAACGUUAGGCCCCAAGGCAGUGCUGGAAAUAAAGCACCGGUAGGAGGCAAUUUCGUGCCUAGUAGUGCUGUACCCCUACAGGGAGGUAAUCAAUGUAGCAAUCGUAAUUCGUAUGAUGCGUUCUACCGUCAGUUUCGCACUCAUGUGUAUCCGUUUGAUCGGAAAUUCUAUGGAUUUAAUAAUCAAAUAUCCCAACCGUAUCCCUUCGGGAUUUCGCAAGUAGGAGGUGUAAUUAACAGCUCGAACGAUAGGUCCCAAGGCAACUGUGAUGGUAAAACAUCGGCAGGAGGCAAUGUUUUGCCAGGUAGUGCAGUACCUCUGCAGGGAGGUAAUCAGUGUAGCAAUAGUAAUUCGUAUGAAAGAUUCGAUCAACAGUUUUCAAAUAAUGUACACCCACUCGAUCGAACUCAUUUAUUAUCUUCUGCGUUACCAGUGCAUGACCCAUCACAGCCGGGAAUACAAUAUCCCUCUCUUAACUUAUCGCCAGUUACUCAAGUCGAGCCCACUUCGCUACAACUGGCAGCACGCCAGGUGAUG